AUGUCUAAACAAGAAGGUGAUGAUUUAAUUCCAGAAGUUGAAAGUGGUUAUAUUCCAUCUGCUAAAAAAACUGUUGAUGAAUAUGCAAAAUUAGAUGCAGAAGAUGAAUCUUUACAAAAAUGGAAAAAAUCAUUAGGUUUAUUAGGUGGUGAACCUUUACCAGUUGAUCCAAAUGAUGAUAGAAGAGUUGUUAUUUUAGAAAUGUCAUUAUUAAUUGAUGGUGAAUCACCAAUUGUUGUUGAUUUAACCAAAAAUGAUAUAUUAGAAAAUUUAACAAAAAAUUAUUUUAAAAUUAAAGAAAAAUCAAUAUAUAAAUUAAAAAUUAAAUUUAAAGUUCAACAUGAAAUUGUUACAGGUAUAAAAUAUUUACAAGCUAUAAAAAAAGCAGGUAUAAGAGUUGAUAAAGUUGAAGAUCCUUUAGGUUCUUAUGCUCCAAAUACAAAAGAUAAACCAUUUUAUGAAGUUAUUUUACCUGAAACUGAAGCCCCAAGUGGUUUAUUAGCAAGAGGUUCAUAUUCUGCUCAAUCUAAAUUUAUUGAUGAUGAUAAAGUUACUCAUUUAAGUUUAAAUUGGGGGGUUGAUAUUGUAAAAAAAUGA